AUAUUUUCAGCAUUAUAAUUGAAUAUUGGAAAAGAAUGAGAGAAAGGAUAAAUAUAUCAUCAAAGAUGGAGUUUACAAAUUCGAAGAAGGGAAAUGAUCAAGUUAAUGUUCCUUUGAUGCGAGUGGUGGAAGCUACUCCUCCCGCCAGUCCACUUCCUGCGAGAACUAUUCGUUCGGUCAGUGAUUGUCACGUGCCUCAAAAUUUCACAAAUUUAUUCAUUCCAUUGGACCCUGCCGAAAGUUCCGAUGACUGCGAUGAUUGUGAAGACACUUGUAAUGAUAAUGGUGAGCCAUAUCCCAAAAAAUGUGGUAGAUCUUUUUCAGUUGUGCCUGUGGACAACCUUAGAAGUAGCCCCAAUUCAAACCUGGAGAAUGUGAAAAGAAGAAUUUGGUCCUUUUCUGAAUCGCGCUUAGACGGAGAUUCUAGCGAAAGUGAUCGUCUACUGACGGAAGAUGACGCCACUCCUUUUUUGAAGAGGACGAAUUCACCUUCAGCGGGUAAUUUGAUAGAGUUCAAAGCAAAUGAGACUAUAAAAGAAAAACAUGUAUCAGAAGGAUCCAUUCCCCGCAGUCCAAAACCUUCUCAAAGAAAUGAAGUCCCCAAAUCACAAGCACCCACGAAUAACAAUUCGGUACCAAAUCGGAUACGGAAGCAAGCUAUUCUACCACCCCCAGCCCAGGACACCUUAUCCAUGAAAAGAACAGAUUCAGCUCGAAGGCGUCAGUUAUCUAACAUAAAAUGUUCGAGCGAACGCAGCCCUUCCGAUAGGAGCUACUCAUAUACCAUUAAUGCGGGAAACAUGCCUGCUUUUUGGCCAGUUAAUGAUUCCAGAGCUGCUACUCAAUUUCCUCGCAUUGUGCUAAGCCAACAGAAAUCUCUCCCUACCCAUUACUUUACCGUGAUGCCCAGAGCCGGUAUUCCCGUACCGCAUUCCAAAGCCUCGCAGUACCUGACACUUCAGCCGGAGCGACCCCGAGGCUUGAUCGGCAAAUCAACGUUGGACUCUUUCGGCACAAACUUCAUUUCUACCGCAGAAAAUGGAUCGAGCUGCAUUGAGUACGGCUCUACUGAUGGGCGGAACAUAAAGUUUACGGGCCGCUUGGUCUUAUCAUCUGAAGACAUGAGAGGGAUACCAGAAGACGAUGGGCCUGAUGGCCACCAACUGACGGUGGUCAGCGAUGACGGGGUUGUGGCGGACGGCAUCGCCUUCACUAAGAUCACCGCCACCCUCGACAUAAACCCAAUAGAGGACGAUGAUGACGAUGGGGCAGAGGACGGGGUUGACGACGGCAGAGCGACGUGGGACAGCAAACUGAAGUUCGUGCUCGCUUGCAUCGGCAGCUGCGUCGGCCUCGGCAACUUCUGGCGCUUCCCGUAUCUGUGCUACAAGAGUGGCGGAGGUGCGUUCCUCAUCCCGUACUUCUUGAUGUUGUUCGUGUGCGGCAUCCCGCUGCUGCUCAUGGAGAUGGCCAUCGGGCAGUACACGCGGCGGGGCCCCGUUGGUGCUCUGCUCAGCCUCUGCCCCAUCUUUAUUGGUUCGGCUAUUGGAGUGGUGAUUAUUUGCAUUAUAUUCUGCAGUUAUUAUAACAUAAUUAUCUCGUGGAGCAUCUACUACCUCACGCAGUCAUUCCGCUCGGCCUUGCCAUGGGCGACCCAAGGUCUCAUAGAGACGCCCAGCAACUGCACCGCUAACUCUUCGACGCAGCGCUACUUCGAUGCGGUGGUGCUGCAGAAGUCGGACAGCAUCGAUGACUACGGCGGGAUGGUGUGGCCCUUGCUUGGCUGCGUCAUCGUCGCUUGGGUCAUCGUCUACUUCUCCAUCUGGAAGUCCAUCCGCUCGUCUGGCCUGGUGGUGCUGGUGACGGCGACGCUGCCGUACGUCUUCAUCCUGGUGUUCCUGGUGCGCGCCGUCACGCUGGAAGGGGCGGGGGUCGGACUCAAGUAUUUGUUCCAGCCUGAAUGGAGCAGGCUGCUCGACGUCCAGGUGUGGGUGUACGCAGCCGCCCAGAACUUCAAUAGCAUCGGCAUUGGCUUUGGCUCGAUGAUCACGUUCUCGUCGUACAACAAGUUCAGCAAUAACUUGCUUACCGACGUGUGGAUCAUUGCGCUCGUCAACGCUGGCACGUCUUUAUUGGCUGGCAUCAUCGUCUUCAGCACCAUGGGCAACAUUGCGUACGAGCUUGACUGCAGCAUCACCGACAUCAUCACACAAGGUCCAGGUCUGGCGUUCGUGGCGUACCCUCAAGCCCUCGCCAAGAUGCCGUACCCUCACUUCUUCGCCGUCCUGUUCUUCCUGCUGCUCAUCAUCCUUGGCAUCGACUCGCAGUUCGCCACCGUCGAAGUGAUAGUAACGUCGCUGCAGGACGCCUUUCCGACGUGGAUAAAAAAAAAGCUUCGUCGUCAUGAAAUUUUGGCCUUCCUCGUCUGCCUUUUCUGCUUUACGCUCGGCCUGCCCAACUUGUUCGAGGGUGGCAUUUACUACUUCCACCUGGUGGACUACUACUCGUCCGCCAUCAGCUUGAUGUACUUGGCGUUCUUCGAGGUGGUGGCCGUGGUUUGGUGCUACGGUGCCGAACGGCUGUCGCGUAACCUGCGCGAGAUGACGGGCAAAAUACCGUCGCUUUACUUCAAGUAUUGCUGGCGCUACCUUUCGCCUUCACUCAUCCUAAUCAUCACGGUGAUGUCGUGGAUGGAUCACAAGAAUCUGACUUACGGCCAGACCUUGAAAGGUGAAGACCCUUCGAAAGCGUUGCCAUACCCAACGUGGGCCAUUGCCUUGGGCUGGUUCAUCGCCAGUCUCUCCAUCAUACCCAUCCCCCUGUGCGCCGUCAUCAUGGUCUACAGGGCUCCUGGUGAUACCUUAUGGCAGAAGGUGAAGGAAGCAUCAAAGCCUCGCGUGGAGGAAUGCAAAAAGUGCGGCAAGUCCAGUCAUAAUCCCAUAACGCCUUGCCACUGCCAUUAUGUUGUAACCAACUGCCACGAGAAAGUUUCGCCCGCCGUUGUGUCCUCGGUUCCAAGAACCAGCAUCAAUCCCACCACGUACGUACCUCCUACUGGGUUGCUUUUAGCAGCGCAAUCGGAGCUGUCGUCUGAUGAAAAAAAUUCCUCUCAUGACCAACUGGAGUGUGAGUUGCAACAACCCUCUGAGAGGCAGCUACAGUCAGAAGUUCCUGAAAAGCUCGACUCGCCUCACCCUAAACUCUAACGCGGACGAUUGUCUUACCUCGACAUGAGACACGAUGAAUUAGUUGUUACCUAACACUUAGCACUUGCCUAACAAUCGCACUUGGGUGAUAUAUUCCUGUGAACAAACUAAAGUAAUUCAGCACUUUUUCGUGAAGUCUCAUGAAUGUGAAUGAAGUUUAUGUAUGGAAUAUUGAUGUUGAAGUUACGGUUGAUGCGACACUAGUUCACAUUCUUAAAUCCUGCAAGGAUUUACUUCAUUAAAGCUAGGACAGGUGAAAACUCUGUAGUUUCCUCGCUUAGAACAUCGUUUUUCCAAUUCAGUACUUUUAGUUGCUUCGUUAUACUGAUUAUUUCAGUAGUCACUUGCAUAUCAAAUUCUCUAGUUUUUAUACUAUAGUUUCGAGUUUCUAUUAGUCUAAGGUGCGCCGUGUGUAAAAAACACAGAAAUCUAUGAAAUCCUUCCCACUAUAGAAACUUAUUCUUAAGAAGUCGCGUUAGUGACUUCAUUCUGAGCUUUUGUUGUUGGUUGACUUUGCAGCCAUAUUCUUGACCUGUACAAAUGUGCAGGCCAAUCUUAUGUUUUGGUGCGCAUUACUUUGAAACCUUUCACUUUUUUGUUGCUAUCGGAUUGAGUUUAACUCGUCCGUGUAUUUUAUGUGUUCGUAAUGUUGAGGAAUGUGAACUUUACUUUGAGUAAUGGACCACGAUCAAUGUUUUAGGUAGAAUAUAUGCGUCAUCAAAGAAAUAUUGUAUAAUUAUGGUUAAGCGAAGCUAAUUUAAGAUGCCAUUAGAAGGCUACAGUUCCUACGUACGCGUCAUGGACGCGAUCUUGGUUCGCAUAAUCACAUUGGAUUUUAGAUCGUUUGUUACUGCCUUCGUACUGUGAAUUCUUCGAGUACAAACUUUUAAUGCUUGACUUUCUGCUAUUUCCUACAUCUGAUAAUACCAAGGGCCAUUCUAGUUCCGGGGUUAGGCUGUCCUAGUAUAUAUCCUAUGCGAAGAGGUCUUGAAAUACUAACAUUAUUAUUGAUAAAAUUUUGCUUCAACUGCAUUAAUAAGCUUUCUCUUCGAAA